GUUUACAUAGAAACAACGAGGCUUUGUUUGUGAGACUUUCGGUCAGGUGGGUCAGUUGUGGGCGGAGCUUGGUAAAAUCCAUUGUGUGAAAUGCAGAUGGAGAAUUAAAGGAAAACGACUGAUGCCAGCUUGAGCUCCUUGUCGUUUAUUGCCACACCAACAGAAGCCACCAGAUCCUCAUGGCCACAUGGGAGGGAGACGCCUAAUCAGUACUGUUCCUCUGUUAUUGAUCAUUUCAUACACAAACAGCUGUUAAGUACAUAAAAUGCUGAUAGAAAAAAAUUCCCCACAUCGUUUUUGCGCCCCCUCUAGAGCAGCGCCCCUAUGCGUUGCAUACACUGCACAGCCACUUUUUGUGCCACUGUGUGGGAGCCUGUGUUGCUGUGGUUUUACAUCAAUGAAUGCUGAUUAAUGAAUACUGUGGUGUAUUUAUUUUUCCCAUGACAAUGCUGAGAGUCACAGAAACAGUUUUUAUUUCCUUUCCUGUAGAUUCCUUGAGUCAUUUCUCCUUAAAUAUCUUCGUUUCUCAGCAUCACUAUGCAUAUCUCCUCUGUUUGGACCAAAACUCGUGCAUAUUACUGCAGAAGUUAAAGUGAUCAAAAGCAGAAGUUAUUUAUUUAAAAAUGUUUAAAUAUAAAACGAUGAGCCCAGAGUCACUUCCUCAGACUUUAUGGAGCGUUUUCUCAGCACAGCUCUCCCCAGGCGACGGGCUGCACUGUUGCACCUUGAGCUGAGAUAAUUUAGUACUUUCUUUUCACUACGUUGGUUUUCUGAAGGCACUGAAGAAGAACGGACUGAAUAUCUCAGCAAUGGGUUUCCACCAACCUUGCCUGCGGAAGCGAAAACAGCUGGUGUACUUCAUCCUCCUGUGUGUUGCCGCGUUCAUAAUGUUCAAGAUGGCGGAAAGAUGUUUAAAGGAGGCUAACCAGAACCUCAACCCAACUGGAAAACUGGGCAGCACAGUAACACAACUCCGGCGCUGGAUACAGAGUAUUACACAUAAAGUUCCAACAAAAGUUGCAACCUCAUUUAUUGCAGUCAAGACGACAAAGACGCUGCUGGUAUCAGCUUAUCUAGAACACCGCACAGACCCACGGCAGGUUCGGGUUAUCGCAGUGGUGCUGCGUGAAGAGACGGUCGCCUACCGCUGCGUCUUGCUCUGCCGCAACAACCAGACCCACGUCUCAGACGGCGACCUGCAGAUCCACAACGACCACUUCGGCUUCCGCUACGGCACCGCCGACAUCCUGUGUGUCAUACCGUCAUCAUGCGACACGCCGUCGCACGUCGCCGUGGCCUCCGCGGCAUUUAAAGAGGAAUAUCGGCAUGAAUUUUUGGAAGUGAAGAACGAAAACAAAAAGACGGAAUCCUUUAAUCACACCUUCACCGUCUGUCUGUCCACCAUGUUCGAUUUCAACAAUGUGCUGCAGUUUGUGCAGAGUUUAGAAAUGUUUCGGCUUCUGGGAGUGAGCAAAGUGUUUGUCUACAAAACCAGCUGCAGCGCUAAAACCCAGCGCGUCCUGAACUACUACACCAGAAAAGGUAUCAUAGAGGUGAUUCCUUGGUCCAUGUCCGGCUUCCUGAAUGUCUCUCGCGGAUGGCUGCCCUCACACGGCCCCGGUGACCUCCACUACUUUGGGCAGAUUGCCGCGCUCAACGACUGCCUCUACCGGAACAUGUACCGGUCCAAAUACGUGGCUCUGCACGACGUGGACGAACUCAUCCUGCCCCAGACGGUCAAAACCUGGACGGAGCUGCUGCCUCUGCUGGAAAGUAAGUACAAUCGAAACAAAUGCUACAUGUUUGAAAACAACGUGUUCCCCAACAACAUGACGCUGCCACGGAGCGGGACCGACCCGGCCCGCUGGCGGGGCGUCCCGGGCGUGGACGUCCUGGCCCACCUCCACCAGGAGCCCGUCACCAAAGAACACGCUUACGAAAAGUUCAAGAUCAUCGUCAACCCUCGACUCGUCAUCGCCGUCUCUGUUCACGGCGUGCUCAAGUUCCACAGCCUGAACGGCUGCGUCUGGGUGGACCGGAACAUCGCGCGCAUGUACCACACCAGAGCUCAGAUGCAGAUCAGUCUGACUUCAGAGCAGCUGGUUUAUGACGGCAGACUGCUGAACUACAGCGAAACGCUCAUCAAGGCCGUUAACGUGACGCUCAGCGAGAGCGGGAUUCUCUGACGGCUCGACUCAACCCAGACUUUUCAUUUUACCUGAAUGGAAAAACUCAAGAUUCCCAUCCGUCAAGAAGACAUUGACCAGAAACAGGAGAAUUAAAAAUGUGCUCAGUGAAAGUACUUAACUCCACACAUCUUUGAAAAUGUAUAAAUGGGAAAGAAAUUAAGAAAAAAUAUGGUUUUAGGUACAUGGUGUGGUGAAGAUUUGAAAGUUUCCUGGAACACAAAACUAAACGAUUGUCGUCAGUCUGAGAAAAACCAGUGAGGCAGGAAAACCAGAAAAGACUCUUUACUCUUUCAUCUGGCAGCUGAAUGAAUGAAUGAAUGAAUGAGGAGCAACUCUCCUCAAGGCAACUUGUAACUGUCAUGUUGCUGCAACACUUCAACCUCAACCAAGCUGUUUGCCGAAUUGCAUAAUAACUAGUAACAUUCACCAUUAAACAGUUCAAUGAAUACGAAACAUGGUAAGAAGUUAUAUUUAUCAUUAAACACUUUCAUCAGGGGAGAACGAACGCAGCCGCCACUACCAGAACUUGUGCAGUUGAGAUUCUCCCCUGUGGAGAAUUCAGAGGUCAGAUCGCUGCAGGGCGAUGAUCCUCACCCUGGGCGACCAAUUCAAUUUAAUUUUCAAAGGUUUUUAUUGGUUCUUUACAUAUAGCACCUUGUUCCAUAAUAACAAUAAUCCCAAGUUUACAUUACCACAACAUACCAUUGUUAACUCAAAAUGGAACACACCGAAGACAUUACAUACAUAAAGGAAUUAUAAAACAGAAUAAAUUAAACAGAUUAAAGGAAACAAAGAGGAAAACAAGAAGCAAUGGUUCCAUUUUGUCUGUUAUUCCAGGUUGUUUCACUAUUUUUAAUAAUUCAGCAGCAACUUCCCACUCAAGAAUCUCCUCCUCAUUCUUUUUUCCUUGACUCCAUUUCCAAAUGUAAUCUUUAACUGACACACCCACCAUCUUUAUAACAUUUGUUUCAAUUAUUUCAUAUUUUCUGUAAAUCAAAAUAUUUCUUGUUUUCCAAAUUGCCUCCUUGACACAAUUAAUUACAAUCCACCACCUGAUUUCAUUUCUUUCCCAGUCCUCUUUAAAUAACCCGUACGCUAUAUUUUCAUAAGUUAAAUUCACAUUAUGCAACUUGCUCAACCAUGGCAACAUUAACGUCCAAACUCUUUUUGUAAAGGGACGUGUCCAGAACAGAUGUUUGAUCGUCUCCUCGUCCCCACAUCUAGCUCUAGGACAUCUCGGCCUUUUUGUGCAAUUUCUCUUGUAUAAAAAGUCUCUCGUAGGUAAACAUUUGUUAACAAUUUGCCAAGCCACGUCUUUAUGGGUAUUCGAUAAAUUUUUAUUAUUAUAUAAAAAACGCCCACAAACGGACUUAAAAAACUGGAGACCUUUAACUUUACUGGGAGUAGACAUAAACAUAUUAUCCAAAGUUUUAUUUUUUCGUUUACAAACUGUUAUUUUGAAUAUAAUAGAAAAAGAACAGACUUGUGGAAUACCAGGAAGGAAAAUGACGGAUAGCUUAGCUUUGAUCAGAGACAUUUAUACAUCUUGUCAAGAGAGGAAACUCCGUUGGCCAUUUUAGGAAUAGAUCUAGAGAAAGCAGUUGACAGCAAUCACAGGUUUUUAGAAGAAAUAUUGCGUCACUUUAACUUUGGUAGCAGUUUUAUAAAAUGGAUAAAGAUUUUGUACAAUGAAUGCAGCAGCGUGGUGGUAGUGAACAGGAAAGCAACUCCACCUUUCACAAUAAAAGCAGGCGUCAGGCAGGGCUGCCCACUGUCUCCUUUGCUGUUUAUUUUAGCCAUGGAGCCACUAGCAUGUGCAAUAAGACAAAAUAAAGUUAUUAAAGGAAUAAUUCCUCCAGGGAAUUAUGGAAAAGAUAUUAAACUAACUAUGUACAUGGACGACCUCCAUACAGGAAAGCUUAAUGGUAAGCGAAAGAUUCACAGCAGCAUCAGGAAUGAGGAUUAUCAAAAAUAAAAGCGAGAUAUUGUACAGCAACUGGAAAGGGUUAAGGGAAAAUCGGGGAUUAAUAGAAAAAAGCGACAUGAUAAAAGUUUUAGGCGUCCAAAUAGGAAAAACAUGGAAAUAGACAAUUGGGAGUCAAAAUUGCCAAAAAUUCAAGGUAAAUUACUACAAUGGAAGGACAGAGAAUUAUCAUUAAUUGGCAAAGUGCUAGUGAUUAAAACAGAAGUCAUCUCAACUUUAGCCUUUUUAGCGGCAACCUUCCCGUUACCGCACAAAAUAAUGGCAGCAAUUCGGAAAAUGAUGUUUCGAUUCCUAUGGGGAAGUCAGCACGAAAAAUUAAAAAGAGAUAUCAUGUACAGAGCCUUGAACGAAGGAGGGAGAAACGUAGCAAAUAUAGGGAUAAAAUUUAAAGCAAUGUUUAUAACACCGAUUCUAAAAGUCUGUUUAAAUGUGUGUCCCGAGCCCAUCUGGACCCCCUUCGCCAAAUUCUGGCUGGGAGGGCGAGAAAUGAAGUAUAAGAGGGUCACUUUACACACCCUCCUCGGAUAGGUGCCCUGCUAUUUUUAAUACGGUGGUCCAGGCAUUGAAAGGUGGUAUGAAAGAAGUUACACCAGAACCAAUCAAAAGAAUAACAAUAGAAAGCAAGUUAUCUCCUCCCGCCAGGUUGAUACCAAUUGGAAUAUUGAAUGAAGAGAACGUUAGAAUAACAUGGAAAAAUGUCAACAAUAAAAAUUUGACAAAUAACCUGAAGGACUUGGCGUGGAAGAUCGCCAACCUUUGUUUACCUACAAGGGAUUUUUUUGUACAAAAGAGACUGUACAACAAGCUCUAAGUGUCCCAGACUCAGAUGUGGGGACAAUGAGACGAUGAAACAUUUGUUUUGGACAUGUCCUGUAGUCAGGACAGUAUGGUCUCUAAUGGCACCAUGGCUGAAUGAGUUGUGCAGGGAGGAGCUAACGGAUGAAAAGAUGUUGAAAGAUGGAUGGGAAAAAAAGGAACUGUUGUGGUGGAUUGUAAUUAAUUGUGUAAAAGAAGCAAUAUGGAAAUCAAGAAAUAUUUUAAUAUAUAGAAAUCAUGAGAUAAUGGAAAUAAAUGUUAUAAAGAUAGUAAGUUCAUUGGUAAAAGAUUAUAUUUGGAAGAUUAGCUGUGGGAAAAAAAGAGAGGAUGAUGUUUUGGUAUGGAAAGUGCCGGAUGUACUACAGAAUAUUGUUAAAUAACUGUUUUGUUUUUUGUUUGUCUUUAUUUCUCUAAUGUGACAUGGAAUAUCGCCCCCCUCCCGUUCUUUGGUUAUUAUAUUCCCUUUUGUGUUAAUGAAAUGAUGUAUAAGUAAAAAUGUAAGAUUGUAAUUUUAGUUACAAACUGCUUGCACUGGAAAUUAUAUGUAAAGAACUAAUAAAAAUUUCUUGAAAAUUGAAA